AUGAGCUUCACUCCCAAAAGAAAGAGAGACGACGCCGAUCCCGACACCAAGAAGUCUCGCAACGACCUCGACAAACCUGCGGAUUAUACUACUUCCGACGAAUGGCCAGUGUAUAACCAUCCAGAUGGAGGCAUAGUCAAAAUCACGCCCUGGGGUUCGCUUCGGCAGUUCACCAAUCCCGUGAACGGAGAAAUGGUUACGAAAUUUGAAGACUUGUCGUUUUCAGACUACUCAUUUGACCCUUCCAACACGGAUGUAUAUGACGUUUCUCAAUAUGAGUCGCUUCCUUCGACUCCACAGUCUUUGUACAACAACCACCAAUACCAUCAAAAUCCGAGAAGUAACCAGAAUGGCAAUCCUAAUAUUCGUUUGAGUCCCAACAGCGAAGCAGAGUCGUAUGUAGUAGACGGCUACAAGGGAAUCACGCCUCCUCCCCAGAAUUCAGAUGUUCACCAGUUUGAACAGGAACAGGAAAACUACUUUGGAAUGAACGACCAGCACGAGGAGUUUGACUAUAAUGACGAAGUGGUUCGUCACUACACCCAGGACUACGACGAGGACGUAGCCAUGUAA